AUGUCAACCCUUCCGGUCAAAAUGGACUCUUCUGCUGCCGCCGCCCCCCCUAGGCCUGCCCCCAAGAAAAAGCCCUACAGGGGCAGCAAUUUUGCCCAUUUAUAUCAGGAGCUGCAAAAAUUCCCUGCAUUGCAUAUUAAGCAAUUGGUUCACCAGCUUUCUUGCGCGCAUGCGGGGCCAGCAACCUCGGAUCUUAAUGAUCAAAUCGCAAAGAUCCUUUUGGAAAAAGAAAUGGGGCCUUUUGCCCCCCUGGUGUCUCAGGACUCUGCAUUUGUUUCCAAAUUGGUCGCCCUUAACGCUGAAAAGCUGCUCGAAUUUGAUGCUCAAAUAUCAAAAGCCAAUGAGGGGCUCAGCCAAAGCGAUGUUGUCGAGCUAAUGCUUUCAAAGGCCAUUUACCUUUGCCAAAUUGGGGAUAAAGAUGCCUCGAUUCUUCUGCUCCGCCAAUUGGAGGAAAAAUGUCCAACCACUGGAUCUAGACUUGACUUUGCUUUUGCUUCAAUCCGUUUAGGCUUUCUUUGGGAUGACAUGGACAUAGUGAAGCGCAAUAUCGCUAAAGCGGAAAGCAUUUUGGAGCUCGGGGGAGAUUGGGAUCGAUGCAACCGCCUGCGGGUUUAUAAGGCGCUUUUCCAUAUUUGCCAGCGAAAGUUUAGCGAGGCCGCCAGUCUUUUGGUGUCUUCCCUCUCUACCUUUAGCUAUACAGAGCUGAUGGAUUUCCAAACCUUUGUGUCAUAUACAGUUAUAACGGGUCUUUUAACGCUCCCUCGCGCCGAGAUCAAGCAAAAGAUCUGCUCAUCCCCAGAGGUUCUUGAAGUCAUUCAAACGAUCCCUCAGUUCAGGGAGUAUAUUUCCUCCUUCUAUGAGUGCCAUUAUAAAGAGUUUUUUGUGCUGUUGGCAUCUUUCAUCGAGGAUUUCCUGAAAAGAGACUUUUUCCUUUCCGCACAUUCGACCUUCAUUGUGCGUGAGAUGCGCAUCCGAGCAUAUUCGCAAACUCUCCAAUCCUACAAAUGCGUCACCCUAGAGGCACUUGCGAAUGCCUUUGGCGUUUCUGUAGACUUUAUCGAUCGGGAGCUAUUUCAUUGGAUUUCUGCAGGCCGUCUCAAUUGCACCAUUGAUAAGGUAUCUGGAAUUGUCGAGCACUCUGCAAAGGGGACCUCCAAAAAUGAUCAAUAUUUGAGUUUGGUCAAGGCUGGCGACUCGCUACUAAACAAAAUCCAGCGCCUUUGUAGAUUGGUGAACAUUUAG